AUGGGACAUCUGGAGUUAAUACUAGUGUUAACAUGGAUAACAGGUUGCUUUACCAUAGACAACAGUGCAAAUAGAUUUGGAGUGACAGAGAGAGAUUCAGCGUUGGCCUCUUGUGAUUUCAACCAAAAUGAAGAACCGUUCUGCAAUUUCCGACAAGACACCGCAGAUAAUGGUGACUGGACGCGUCACACUGGACCCACCCCCACCCCUGGAACUGGGCCCAAUGGAGACUAUCCGGAUGGAACUGGCUAUUACAUAUAUCAUGAGGCAGACAACUCUGUAAAUGGACAGAAAAUACGCUUUCUCAGCCCAGUUAUUAGUAGUGGACCUUCUGAGAUCUGUGUACAGUUCUACUACUACAUGUAUGGCUCUGACAGCAAUAACACCCUGACUGUGUUGGCCAAACGUCCCCACUCUGAGGAACAAAUGUGGCAAAAAACUGGGAUACAGAGCCCAUCAUGGCUUGAAGCCUCUGUCACUGUGCCCAUACCAGCUGGACAGACUGCUCAGAUUAUGUUUCAAGCAAUGCGUGGGCUCUCCUCAUCAUGUGACACUGCCCUGGAUAACAUUGUUAUCACUGAGGGAGCAUGUGCUGGCUGUAUAGCUGGGUGUGAUUUUGAUGAUAAUGAUAAAUGCGGCUGGAAAAAUGUGGUACAUAAUGAUAACAUUUUUGGUUGGGAGUUUUGGACUGGACAGACAGCUACACCAGACACUGGCCCUGAUGAUGACUUCUCCAAACCAGGAUUGGGGUCAUACCUGUUAAUGGACUCCAGCUAUAGUAUUGAAGGAGAAUCCGCUCAGCUCUGGAGUCCCUCUACCUCAGCCUCUGGUUGCCUACAAUUGGACUUCCAUUACUACAUGUAUGGCAGUGCCACCAACAUGGAGCUAAAUGUCUAUGCAAUCACCACCGGUGGAGCACUUGGAUCCCCUAUUUUCCGCCUCAGAGGAAAUCAAGGUCAGGCCUGGAAGCCUGCAACCGUUCGCUACAUUGGUUCAGCUGAUUCAGUGGAGUUUGUAAUUGUAGGUGUUUAUGGUGAAACACACAAGACUGAUAUUGCAGUUGAUAGUGUCUGCAUUACCACUUGUACAGCAACUCCAACAACAAUGAAGCCAUCCCCACCCCAACCCACUACACCUAAACCAACGACACCAGGUCCAUCAUCCCCUAAACCGUCUACACCUCAACCUACUUCACCUAAACCAACGACACCGGGUCCAUCAUCCCCUAAACCGUCUACACCUCAACCUACUUCACCUAAACCAACGACACCGGGUCCAUCAUCCCCAAAACCGUCUACACCUCAACCUACUUCACCUAAACCAACAACACCGGGUCCAUCAUCCCCUAAACCGUCUACACCUCAACCUACUUCACCUAAACCAACGACACCGGGUCCAUCAUCCCCUAAACCGUCUACACCUCAACCUACUUCACCUAAACCAACGACACCGGGUCCAUCAUCCCCUAAACCGUCUACACCUCAACCUACUUCACCUAAACCAACGACACCGGGUCCAUCAUCCCCUAAUCCGUCUACACCUCAACCUACUUCACCUAAACCAACAACACCAGGUCCAUCAUCUCCUAAACCGUCUACUCCCCAACCUACUUCACCUAAACCAACGACACCAGGUCCAUCAUCUCCUAAUCCGUCUACAGCCCAACCUACUUCACCUAAACCAACAACACCAGGUCCAUCAACUCCUAAACCAACAACACCUAAGCCAACUACUCCAGGACCAACACCACCAGUGAUCUGCCCUCCUGACUCAGAAUACAUUGACUGUGGCCCAGCCUGUAUUCCUACCUGUGCAGAACCCUUCACCAACUGCUCUGGUUCAUGUAUAAGCGGCUGCUUCUGUAAACCAGGAUUUGUUUUCCGUGGGAGACGCUGUGUUCCUAUUGAACAGUGUGGAUGUCUGGAUGAAGAAAACAACUACUUUGAGCCUGGUGAGAUCAUAUUUGGAGAUGGCUGUUCCAAGUUGUGUCGCUGUGCUGGCAACUACACCUUUGACUGUGUGGACAACACCUGUGAUCCUGUGACAGAAGAAUGUCGGGGGGUUGGUGGAGUGUAUGGCUGCUACCCUAAAGGAACCUCCACCUGUAUUGCCUCUGGUGACCCCCAUUAUAGCACCUUUGAUAACCGGCGCUAUGACUUCAUGGGAAACUGUUCUUACCUGAUGUCCGAACCAUGUAACAGCACAGAUGUGCCUUACUUCGCUGUAUACACAGACAACGAGAAUCGCUACAACAAUCCUCAUAUCAGCUACGUAAAAGCAGUUCAUGUCCAUGCGCUGGGAGUCAUAGUGUCCAUUCUGAAAGGAGGAACUGUUCAAGUCAAUAGAACCAAUGUGAACAUUCCUCUGAGUCCUGUCAGUGGUAUUGACAUUUUUAUGUCUGGCAAGCAUUACACAGUGGCCUUGAACUUUGGAGUAACCAUACGUUAUGACGGAAACCACUAUAUGGACAUUAAAGUUAUCAAGGACUAUAAGGACCAACUUUGUGGACUGUGUGGGGAUUACAACGGAGACCCUCAGGAUGACUUCCAGACCCCAACUGGUGAACAGGUCCAAAGCCCCAAUGACUUUGGCCAAAGCUGGAACACAGACCCUGAGUGUAACAAAACAGAUGUUGGCCCAUCUCUAAGCUGUACAGAUGCUGAGCAGGAGUUGUAUGAAGGGCCUGCUUACUGUGGUAUAAUUUUGAACAGCAAUGGCCCAUUUGCUGCUUGCCAUGCAAAAGUCAACCCCAAUGGUUUCUUCCAAGAUUGUUUGUUUGAUGUUUGUGAGCUGGAUGGUGCUCAUUCUGCUUUGUGUGAAGCAAUAGAGUCCUAUGUCAAUGAAUGUCAGGACCGUGGAGUCACAAUUGGACCCUGGAGAAACAGCACCUUCUGUCCUCUAAAAUGCCCACCCAACAGUCACUUUGAAUCAUGCGCACCAGUUUGCCAGCCUUCCUGCAGUCCAUUUCCACCAAGUCAGUGCAGCGGGCCUUGUUCUGAAGGAUGUGUUUGUAACCCUGGAUAUAUCCUUAGUGCUGGCCAGUGCGUGAAAGAAGAAACAUGUGGUUGUAGCUAUAAUGGAAAUUACUAUAAGCCAGGUGAAGAGUUCUACACUAAGGACUGUGAGCUACUGUGUAAGUGCGCCCCCCCAUUUGUUUCCUGUAAAGCUGCCGUCUGUCCACCAAUGGAACAAUGUGGAGAACAGAGUGGUGUAAUUGGGUGUUACCCAAAAGAAUCUCAAGACUGUAUUAUCUCUGGUGAUCCUCAUUAUAACACUUUCGAUGGCAAAUACUACAGCUACAUGGGCACUUGCACCUACACUCUGGCCCACACCUGCCAAAACAACACUGGCCCCUGGUUCUCCAUAGAGGGUAAGAAUGAAGAGAGAGGAGUUUCUGGCAUUUCUUACCUGAGGAAACUGUACGUGACUGUUGAUGGCAUCACUGUGACACUGAUGAAAAACAAGAGAACUCUGGUGAAUGGACUCAGGGUGUCUCUCCCUUACUCCCCAUCUCCACUCAUUUCGCUGUCUUUUGCUGGACAUUAUGUAAUCCUCACAACUCCGUUUGGCCUGGAGGUGCAGUGGGACGGCAACCACUAUGUCAAGAUCUCAGUUCCUAGCUCCUACUAUGACCAGAUGUGUGGCCUGUGCGGAGACUACGAUGGAAACCCCAAUAAUGAUUUCACUAAGCCGGAUGGCUCCCAAACCGACAGCUCCAAUCAGUUUGGUGACAGUUGGCAAACUGAUAAGGAUGAGGAUGCAACGUGCAAGCCGGACCCCGGGCCUCAACCACCCUGCGAUCCUAAGCUGGAGGGUGUGGUGUCAAACCCAGAGAACUGUGGAAGAAUAACUGACACAAACGGAGCAUUUAGGGACUGCAUAAAUGUGGUGGACCCCUUGCCUUUCUUCCUGAGCUGUGUGUUUGAUAUGUGCCGUUAUCAGGGUCUGAAGCAGGUCCUUUGUGACCAGCUUCAGGCUUACACUGAUGUUUGCCUGAGUGCAGGUGCUCCUGUCCAUCAGUGGAGGGAGCCAGACUUCUGCCCUCUGGAAUGCCCUCCAAACAGCCACUACUCCAUAUGUGUGAGCUCCUGUCCGGAGACAUGUCUGGGUAUCAAUGGACCACCGGGCUGCAGUGAGAAGUGUGUUGAAGGCCGUGAGUGUGACCCUGGCUUUAUCCUCAGUGACAACAAAUGUGUUCCUCUUAAAGACUGCGGCUGUGUGGACUCCUCAGGCUCCUACCAUCCAGUAAAUGAGAGCUGGUAUCUGGAGGGCUGUACACAGAAGUGUGCAUGUGAGGGUGGAGGAAAUAUUCACUGUUACAACACCAGCUGUCUGCCUACAGAGAGCUGCCAACUUCAAGAUGGAGACUAUGGCUGCAAACCACUCGGUACAGGCAUUUGCUCAGUUUCUGGUGACCCUCAUUAUAACACCUUUGAUGAUAAAGUACAUCACUUCAUGGGUGCCUGUUCCUACAUUCUCACUAAGCCCUGUAAUGAGACCUCAGGCUUGCCAUACUUUUCUGUGGAGACACAGAACGAGCACAGAGACAAUAAUAAGAAAGUGUCUUAUGUAAGAUCUGUCAUCAUCAAUGUGCAUGACACAACCGUCAUUUUGAGCAAGGGGCGCAAGGUUCAGAUGAAUGGAGUUCAGGUCACUGUGCCUGUCACGCUGUCAAAUGGUGUUAAGAUCUUCCUAAGUGGCAAAUUUGUUGUGCUUGAGACAGACUCCGGAUUGCGUGUCCGUUUUGAUGGAAACCAUCAUGCAGAUGUCACCUUGCCUUACUCCUACAGUGGACUGUUAUGUGGACUCUGUGGAAACUAUAAUGGUAAUCCUAAUGAUGACAACAUCAAGUCAAAUGGAACGCCAACAGACAGCACCAAUGAGCUUGGAGAAAGCUGGCAGGUUCCUGACGACAGACCAGAUUGUACUCAUGGUGGAGGAGACAUUGAAUGUGAUGACAAGAUCGAGAGUGAAGCACAGAAGCCUACUAGCUGUGGCAUGAUCACAGACCCCAAUGGAAUCUUCAAGCCAUGUCAUGCGGUGGUGCCUCCCAGUCCUUACUUUGAGAACUGUGUGUUUGAUCAGUGUGGCACUGGUGGCGCCACAGUGGCACUGUGCCAAGCUAUUCAAAGCUAUGCUGACCUGUGCGCUCAAGCUGGGGUGCCAAUUAACUGGAGGAAUAACACCUUCUGCCCUAUUAAAUGUCCGGUUGGUAGUCACUAUGAGCCAUGUGGUUCAGCCUGUCCAGCCAGCUGUCAAGACCCUGGAUCUGAAGGCACCUGUUUUGAGCCCUGUGUUGAGGGAUGUGUGUGUGACCCUGGUUUUGUCCUCAGCGGGGACAAGUGUGUGCCCUUCAGCGAGUGUGGAUGCACUGACAAAGACAACAACUAUAGGCCUGUUGGAGACAGCUGGUUCAUGAAAGAUGAUUGCAGAGAGCGCUGUGUUUGUUCACCUUUCAAUACAGUGACAUGCGAGGCAUGGCAAUGUGGUCCCGCUCAGGAAUGUAAGGUCAAUGAUGGUGAACUAGGCUGUGUGAACACAGGAGUGGGCAUUUGUCACAUUGCUGGUGAUCCUCACUACUACACUUUUGAUGGCAUCAUGCACACCUACAUGGGUACCUGCACUUACACGCUGGUGGCGAUAUGCAACACCUCUAUGGUGACACCCUUCAACAUUGUGGCCAAGAACGAAGAGCGCGGCCAACCAGAAGCUUCGUAUGUUCGCUCUGUGACUGUCUACCUGCCCACUACCAACAUCACCAUCAGCAAGAAUGGCAGAGUACUGAUGAAUGAACGCAGGAUAAAGACCCCGUAUGACAUCAGUUCAGCCAAGGCGAGGGUGUUCACCAGUGGAGUAAACACUGUACUGGACACUGACUUCGGCCUGAUUGUGAAGUUUGAUGGAGUGCACCAUAUUGAAAUCACAGUGCCUGGAGACUAUUUCAACAAGGUAUGUGGAAUGUGUGGUAACUACAACGGAGAUUCCUCUGAUGACAACUUGAUGCCUGAUGGGAAACCAGCCAAAAACGACACUGAACUUGGUAACAGCUGGAAGGCAGAGGGAGACAGUGAUCCUGGGUGCAAACCUGAUGAACGGCCUGAUGACAAACCCAACUGCAACAAGAAUGAAGAAGAAAUCUACAAGUCACAGUGUGCGGCAUCUAUCCUGUCUGAUCUCUUCAAGCCCUGUCACUUUCUCAUUCCUCCUGAAUCUUUCCUGGGGAACUGCAUCUAUGACAUGUGCGAGUAUGAUGGCAUGCAGUCGACUCUGUGCGAUAACAUUGAAGCUUACGCCCAGGCCUGUCAUAGCGCUGGAGUCACGAUCAGCUGGAGAAACAGCAGCUUCUGUCCUCUCCCGUGCCCACCAAACAGUCACUAUUCUGAGUGCACAGCUCCUUGUCCUCCUACUUGUGCCGAUCUCUUCCCCGUAUUCUGCCCAUUACCACCUAAUAGUUGUGUCGAAGGCUGCCAGUGCAAUGGAGGUUUUGUGCUAAGUGAUGGCAAGUGUGUUCCCCUCUCAAGCUGUGGAUGUGUUGACAGCAACGGAGAGUAUCAUGAUGUGGGAGAUUCAUGGAUAACUGACCACUGCGAACAGAGGUGCAGCUGCAGCCUUGGAGGAGUGCUGUCCUGCACGUCCUUUGAAUGCAAUGACAACUCAAUCUGUGAUCUUGACAGCAAUGGAGACCGUUACUGCAAACCUGAGAAAUUCGAUGACUGCAAUAUUGCUGGGGACCCUCACUAUCAUACCUUUGACGGAUACAAUCACCACUACCAGGGAGCGUAUACUUAUGUAUUAACUCAGAACACCACUCUGCCCAGCUCCCUCACCCCUUUCAUAGUCCGCGGCAAAAACCAGCGGCAGGGAGGCAUCAGCCGGGUGUCACUCCUGCGCGAGGUCUAUGUGGACGUGUACGGCAUUUCUGUUCGCAUGCAGCAGAAGAAGAAAGUCCUGGUCGAUGGAGAAAAAGUUGGUCUACCAUUCAGUCCUGUACGUGGAGUUAACAUAAAAACAAAGUCUCGCUAUGUGAUGCUCACAACUGACUUUGGCCUUUCUGUGCGCUUUGAUGGCAAUGCUCAAGCAGUGGUGAGUCUACCAAGUGUAUACAGAUCUCGUGUGCUCGGUCUGUGCGGUAAUUAUGAUGGAAACAACCGUAACGAGUACACAAAACCAGACGGCACAGUUACCCGCAACCUCAAUGAGUUUGGAGACAGCUGGAGAGUGACUGACAGACAGGCAGGUCUUCAUACCACAUCUCUACCAAUGAAGGUGCACCUACACAAGCGUGAAGUGGAGGCCGAUCCAGAUUCAGGGUUUGAUACGACAGGCUGCACAGAUGCUCUGCUGGAGGAGCUGAAUGGGAGUAAAAUGUGUGGGGCUCUCAGUGACCCUGCUGGUCCUUUCACUGCCUGUCAUGCUGUGAUCGCUCCGGAUGUCUUCCAAGAGGAUUGUGUGUUUGACCUGUGCGCUGAACAGGGCAGUGAAGAGCUGCGCUGUGAAAAUUACGCCGUCUACGCUCGGGCUUGCCAAGAUCUGGGUGUUGCACUAGGGCUGUGGAGACAAGAACUGAAUUGCGGUCUGCAGUGUGGGCCCAACAGCACUUACUCCUCCUGUAUGACUCCAUGCCCGGCGUCCUGUGCAGAUCUGGCGGCUCCCUCUGAGUGUGAGCAAACACAGUGUGUGGAGGGAUGUCAGUGCGCCUCCGGCUUUGUCCUGAGUGACCAAGACUGUGUGCCUUACAGCGAGUGUGGAUGCAAGUACCUCGAUCGCUACUAUCAGUUGAAGGAGACAUUUGUGACAGAGGACUGUUCACAGAGUUGUGAAUGUUCUACCACUGGUGCUGUGUGUCAAGCAAAGGGCUGUGGAGAAAACGCGAUCUGCACGGUGUACGACACCCAACGCAACUGUUAUAAAUCAAGUCCAUGUUUGAGCUCGCCCUGUCAGAAUGAUGGUACCUGUGUGGAUAAACCAGAUGGUUCUGGCUAUACCUGCACAUGCACUGAAGGUUUUGAGGGCACAAACUGUGAGCUCUUUAAAAUCCCCUCCGAGGGAGGCCUGGGUCAAACAGCUAUUAUCUUGAUCGGAGUCCUUGUGCCGCUUGGCGUCAUCCUCAUAGUCACAGCAACUGUGUGCAUUUACAAAAAGUGCAGCCACAAAAAGAUGAGUUACGAUACAAUUAAAUUUGAGCUGAACAAAAAGACAGAUCAUUCUUAUACAACUCUAGAUGAGGGUAAGAAGCAGGGAACACGGAACAGUGGAAUGAAGGCUACUACAUUCUGAAGCAAAACCUCAGUUUUUAGACGAUGAUUUCCUGACGAGAGUUUGUUUAUAUUUAUUCAUUUUAAACGUCUUUGUGGAAUAUGUGAACUAACUGGCA